UGUGUGCGUCCUCGUUUCAAGCGCAGCUGCUGCAGAGAGACACUCCAGCGGCCCCUGUGCAUUUCUGCCAUCCUGCUGUCGGAGCUCGGAGCUCGGAGCUGGUCCGUGAGCGCGCUGGAGCUGCGAGUUCACUUCCAAGCCAGUGUGCACCGAGUCUGUGCCCUCUCUCCACUUCUCUAUUUACACUCCUAGUCGAUUUUUGUUCUUCCUGAACCAUGCCUAGGCGGUGUUUCGCGUCGAUUUUGACUCGCGUCUGACCGCUGGCGGGUUUGUUUCUCUCUCUCUCUCUGUGUGUCUCUCUCUCUCUCAUUCAUACGCUGGGUCUUUACUUUUUUUCCUCCGCGCAAAAGAAAACGCACCGGUCCGCUUUCGCCCCUCAGCCGUGCGCUUUUUGGUGAUGGAGUUUAGCCGGUGGCCGGGAGCCGCUACGUGAGACGCGUGAAGGCUUUUGUGGUGCUGCACCAAAGCGGACCGCAGUUCAGCGGAUGGAAGAUGACCGGUGAAGGUUUUCGGCGAACGACCGCUCGCUGACGUUCACUGAGCCUGGAUACAUUUUCUUCCCCCACAUUCGUUUCCUCUCAUCCGUCUUCAAACCACUGUCAUUGUCCGGCAUCUGGAGGAUCUUGAAGAACAAAAUGGCUGCUUCACUGUGUAAAUGUCCCCCGCUGUACGGCCUCCUGUUCCUUCUGGCCUUUUAUCAGUGCUCUGAAGCGUUCAGUCGAGCAGCUCUUCCAUUCGGCCUGGUACGCAGAGAGCUCUCGUGCGAAGGUUACCCCAUCGACCUCCGAUGCCCGGGGAGCGACGUCAUCAUGAUCGAGACGGCCAACUAUGGCCGCACGGACGACAAGAUCUGCGAUGCCGACCCUUUCCAGAUGGAAAACAUCAACUGCUACCUCCCAGAUGCCUACAAAAUCAUAUCUCAGAGAUGUAACAACCGGACACAAUGUGUCGUUAUCACUGGGUCAGAUGUCUUUCCAGAUCCUUGUCCUGGGACAUACAAGUAUCUCGAGGUCCAAUAUGAGUGUGUCCCAUAUAUUUUCAUUUGUCCCGGGACUUUGAAAGCAGUGGGGGAACCCGUUUUUACCUUUGAGGCCGAGCAGCAAGCGGGAGCUUGGUGCAAAGACCCGCUGCAAGCUGGAGACAAGAUCUAUUUCAUGCCAUGGACACCAUACCGUACCGACACCCUAAUCGAAUACAACUCGCUCGAGGAUUUCCGCAACGGCAGGCAAAUGACGACGUACAAGCUGCCUCACCGAGUGGAUGGCACAGGGUUCGUGGCCUACGAUGGCGCCAUCUUCUUCAACAAGGAGCGUACAAGGAACAUUGUCAAAUUCGACCUGCGCACACGCAUCAAGAGCGGUGAGGCCAUUGUGGCCAAUGCUAACUACCAUGACACGUCACCUUAUCGCUGGGGAGGAAAGACGGACAUUGAUCUGGCUGUUGACGAGCGGGGAUUGUGGGUAAUCUAUGCGACAGAGCAGAACAACGGGCGCAUUGUCGUGAGCCAGCUGAAUCCUUACACGCUGCGCUUCGAGGCCACGUGGGAGACGGCAUAUGACAAGCGCUCAGCAUCUGAUGCCUUCAUGGUGUGCGGCGUGUUGCACGUGGUGCGCUCUAGCUAUGAGGAGAAUGAGAGUGAGGCCAGCAAGAGCCAUAUCGACUACGUCUACAACACCAAGCUGGGCCGCGGCGAGUACACAGACAUCCCCUUCCCCAACAACUAUCAGUACAUUGCUGCUGUGGAUUACAACCCUCGAGACAACCAGCUCUACGUGUGGAAUAAUUUCUACAUCCUGCGCUACGAGCUGGAGUUCGGCCCGCCAGAUCCUGACGAAGUGUCAACACUCGCAAAUGGGGUCACGUCAACGGCGUUCCCCAGAAGAACCACGACUACCCUGAGCACCAGCAGCAGCUCCACACACCGAUUUCUGUCCAACACCACAGUCACGGUCAACCCCAAACAGAGCAGAGGAGCUCAGGAGCCUGCAGUGGAGAACCCCGGGGCUGUAGAUCCCACCAGUGCUGGUCCUCCGCCCACCAGCAGACGGUUCUGCGAGAGCACUGAGAUCAGAGACAUCGUCUGGCCUCGUACACACAGGGGCGUCACCGUGGAGCGGCCAUGUCCCAAAGGAACCAAAGGUAUUGCCUCAUACCUCUGCACAGCUGUGAGUGGUACAUGGAACGCAAAGGGACCAGACCUCAGCAAUUGCACCUCCCACUGGGUCACACAGGUGGCGCAAAAGAUCCGGAGUGGAGAGAACGCGGCGAACCUGGCCAAUGAGCUGGCACGGCACACGCACGGCCCUGUGUUUGCCGGAGACGUCAGCUCCAGCGUCAGGCUCAUGGAGCAGCUGGUGGACAUCCUGGACGCACAGCUUCAGGAGCUCAGGCCCAGCGAGAAGGACUCGGCCGGACGCAGCUUCAACAAGCGUCAGAAGCGAGAAAAGACGUGCAGGGCCUAUAUGAAGGCCAUCGUGGACACGGUGGACAACCUCCUGAGACCGGAAGCGCUGAAGUCGUGGGAGGACAUGAACUCGACGGAGCAAACGCACACCGCCACCAUGCUGCUGGACACGCUGGAGGAAGGAGCCUUCGUCCUCGCCGACAACCUGAUCGAGCCGGCCGUCGUCAAAGUGCCUGCGGAGAACAUAAUGUUGGACGUGUACGUGUUGAGCACAGACGGCCACGUUCAGGAUUUCAGGUUCCCACAGACAAGCAAAGGAGGCGCCACCAUCCAGCUCCCCGCCAACUCAGUCAAAUUAAACAGCAAGAACGGUGUUGCAAAGCUGGUCUUUGUGUUGUACAAACACCUUGGGCGCUUUUUGACCACGGAGAACGCCACCCUCAGGUUGGUGAGUGAAGGAGUAGUGAGGAACCACACACUCACCGUCAACUCCCACAUCCUGUCUGCCUCCCUCAACAAGGAGUCCAGUCGCAUCUUCGUCUCCGAGCCUGUCGUCUUCACUCUCGAACACCUUGAUACUGAGAACUACUUCAACCCAAACUGCUCGUUCUGGAACUACUCAGAGAGGAGCAUGAUGGGAUACUGGUCCACUCAGGGAUGCAAGCUCCUGGGGACGAAUAAGACCCACACCACCUGCUCGUGCAGUCACCUCACCAACUUCGCCAUCCUCAUGGCCCACCGAGGACACGUGGGUGAUGGAAGCGUCCACGAUUUUCUUCUGAGCGUGAUCACGCGCUUGGGCGUGGCCGUGUCCCUCGUCUGCCUGGCCAUCAGCAUCUUCACCUUCUGCUUCUUCCGUGGCCUGCAGAGCGACCGCAACACCAUCCACAAGAACCUGUGCAUCAACCUCUUCAUCGCCGAGCUCUUCUUCCUUGUGGGAUUCAACAUGACCGAACCUCCGAUCGUGUGCUCGGUUAUAGCCGGGAUUCUUCAUUUCUUUUUCCUGGCUGCGUUCGCUUGGAUGUGUUUGGAAGGCGUGCAGCUGUACGUCAUGCUCGUCGAGGUCUUUGAGAGCGAAUUCUCGCGCCGGAAGUACUAUUAUGCAGCUGGAUACCUCUUCCCAGCUGUAGUGGUUGCCAUCUCGGCAGCCAUCGACUACAGGAGCUACGGAACCAAGAGAGCCUGUUGGCUGAGAGUUGAUAACCACUUCAUCUGGAGCUUCAUCGGCCCCGUCGCCUUCAUUGUAAUGCUCAAUCUGGCCUUCCUGGUCGUGACCAUGUACAAGAUGGUGAAGCACUCCACCUCGGUGAAGCCCGACUCCAGCCGCCUGGAGAGCAUCAGGUCGUGGGUGCUGGGAGCGUUUGCGUUGCUCUGUCUGCUCGGCCUCACCUGGUCGUUCGGCUUGUUCUUCCUCAACGAUACGUCCAUCGUCAUGGCCUACCUCUUCACCGUCUUCAACACGCUGCAAGGGAUGUUCAUCUUCAUCUUCCACUGUCUCCUCCAGAAGAAGGUGCGUAAAGAAUACGGGAAGUGUUUCCGUCAGUCUCAGUGCUGCGGCGCUCUGCCUCCGGACAGCUCUCACAGCGUGGGCAAAACGUCCACGUCUCGCUCCACGGCCCGAUACUCCUCCGCUACUCAGAGUCGUAUCAGGCGGAUGUGGAACGACACGGUGAGGAAGCAGUCCGAGUCUUCUUUCAUCUCCGGAGACAUCAACAGCACCUCGACACUGAACCAAGGGAUGACUGGCAACUAUCUCCUAACUAACCCCCUCCUUCGAGCACACGACACUAACAACCCCUAUAAUAACCUCCUCGCCGAAACCAUUGUGUGCAACACACCUUCUCCGCCUGUCUUCCACUCACCAGGCCAGCACUCUCGGACGAACAGCCGUGAUGUCAGUGCCAUGGACACGCUGCCCCUCAACGGCAACUUCAACAGCAGCUACUCAAUAGACGACGCCGCCUUCGAGAAGAUGAUCAUCUCCGAGCUGGUGCACAAUAACUUGCGGCCACGUGGGCAUCCGCGGUGCCAGGACGACUCCGAGCAACCGCCCGACCCGGACCGAUGCCCACCGGGCCGCCACGCUGGGAUGGGAGGCGUCGGAGGCAGGAGUGAGGACGACGGCAACGACGCCAACCACCCGGCGCUGGAACUCCUUCUCCAGCCGCACCACCGCGAGGUCCUGGAGGCGCCUCUGCUUCCUCAGCGGACUCAUUCGCUCCUGUACAGCGCCAAGCAGGCAUCGCGCCAACCUGCCAGGCACCGACAUGAUCUGGAGGACGGGGAGGAGCAGAAAGAGGUAGACGGGGCGGGGCAGAACGAAACCAUGGCCUCGCUUGAUAACAGGGACUCUGUGUAUACGAGCAUGCCUGAACUCAGAGACUCGUCUCCGUCUCUGUGCCCGCAUGAUGGAGAGGACGAGUGCCCUCUUUCAUCGUCCGGGCACAGCGAGACGGACGAACCAUGCCACAAAAGCAUAGGGGACAGCGUCCAACCCGCCUCGUACUACCACAUCAGUGAGAGCUGCAGCGGGCACGGGUUUGAGGAUAACGAGUGUCAACCUCCAGACGGUGAGACCCCUAAAGACGGGCAAAUGCAGCUCAUCACCAGCCUCUGAGCCCACGAUCUGUUUCCGUUUCCUUCUUUCAGUAGGUGCAGUGACUUUUCUCCAAAAGACUCACAGAUGCGCUUUGUUUUUUGCCAUUUAGUUGUUUUUUUACAAGUUUCAAGCCAUCUGUGGUUUAAACUGUUCGGGCCGAGGUGGGAAAAGCACGCAGGCUGCUUGACGAGCAAAAGUGUUUGUGAGGAGGCUGGCGUUGUCCACGCACUGGCCACCAUUUUGUAUGAUAUACUGUACUGUAUCAACAACAACAUAAUGAACAUUAACAUGCCAAUGGCGUUUUGUAGAACUUCUCAAGUGUCCCGGGGUUUUUGAUGCAAAGAUGCUGGACAGAAACGCGACCCCACAGAUGGCGUCGCACAACUCCUGACACGGACUUUACAGGAAAAACGAAAGAAAGGCAAAGAAAGAAAACAAACAAAAAAAAAAGAACCACUACUCCUGACUCAGGCCUUAUAUUUUCUCUAUUGCACAUGUAACUCUUAUAAGAAUGACGGCUAAAGAAAAUAUAUUUUGCUGUACCACAAGUGGAAAAAAGAAUAAAAAAAUAGAAAAAGAAAAUGAUGAUUAAAAAAAAUAUUAUGGCAACCAUAAGUGACAUUUCAAAGAGGACAUUUUAGGGAAGGGGGUUGCACAUUUUUUGUGUGUGAAAUCUUCUUACACUUUGUCUGUUGUAGAAGCUUUGAGAACAUGAACAGAAGCCCAUAUUCACACUUCCACUUGUGAGCAGUGCGUUUGCCUUCAUCGGUUACGGAUUUUCGAUUGUAAAAGUCAUUUUUUUUGCCAACAAAAGUGUGCGGGGGGAAGAAGCCUUUCCCUCGUUUUCAACCUUAAAAAAAGCUACGUCUUGCACAAAUUGGGAGUGAAUUGGACUUGUGUGUAAUUUAUUUUGGUGGCAGUAUUUGCCAGGGAUAAGGAUUUUUUUGUUUGAUUUUGUGUUUUUUUUUUUUUUUUUUUUUUCUCGUGUGUCAACACGAUGGUUUAAGAAACAUAUCUCAGCAUUUGACACUAAAUAAUUUAUUAGAUGAAGUAUGGAAUAUUAUGAAAUAAUAAUAAUAGUAAUAAUAAUAAUAAUAAUAAUAAUAAAGAUGGAAUGAAAGUGUAUGCGAGAGUAAAAUACUGUUAAUAAUCAUGUUUUUAUUUUUUUGGUUUUUUUUUGUUUUGUUUUGUUUUUUUGUUUUUUUUGUAGGAGCCCAUUGUCAGACGCUGAUGUAAAAUCAACUCUUGAUAUCAAAAUAAAUGUGACAAUUUCUUUUUUUC